AUGACUCUAAAGAAUUUUUUACUAUUAAAAAAAUCUUUAAGAGAAAAAGAUACACUUGUAGUAAAUGAAAAUUUAUUUUUUAAGCAUAUUCUAGAAACACAGAAUUACUCAUAAUUUGUUAUUUGUCAAGUAAAUUUUAAAAUAGAUCUCAGGGAUAUAAAAUAAAGAAUUUUAUAAAUUUAAACAAAAUAAUUUAGAUAAAUAGUUAAAUAUAAUAGAUGUUUUGGAUAACAACUUUAGAAAACAGGAGCUUUAUCGUAGAAUUGA